ACUUCCUGCAGAGGUGGAGGUCAAGCUCCAGCUUUAAGCAUUUUCCACUGUGAUAAGUUUGUUUUGUGUGUUUGUGUGUGGGGGUGAGUGUGUCUGUGUUUCUGUGUGUAGAUUAAGUACAGAGCUGCUGCCUGUAGUCCCUCCUCCCCUGCAGCUCUCUAUAUAUACCCCGACAGAGCAGCAGAGCUGCAACUCUGUUUGGACUGCAGUCCUCAGUGUGCAACAGUGUGUUUAACAGAGAGGGAGGCAGAUAGACAUUCACUGACUGUGUGAGAAGCAACACAGGAGGGACAAAGGCACACACCCAGGUGAACCAGCAGCUCUUCUCUGAUGUUGGACAACUACGCUCUGCCACUCUGGGUUUACCUGGCUGCUCUGGCUGUGUUUGUUUGUGGGGCAAUGAAAAGGAUCCUGGCUUUCCACCUGAGUGUUGGGCCGACCCUGAUGGCCUGGCUGGGGGCCACCCUACUCGUGGAGCAGCUGUGGGUGUUCUGCAUGCCAGUCCUGCUGCUGCUGGCACUGCUUGGCCUGGCCUGUUACCUCUACUCCGCCUGCAGGACUGGCCCACCACAAACAGUGCUGUCUGGUCAGGGGAAAACCGUCUUUAUCACAGGCUGUGACUCUGGUUUUGGAAAGGAGGCAGCAAAGCGUCUGGACUCUCUGGGCUUUGAGGUCUUUGCAACUGUGUUGGAGCUGACAGGAGACGGAGCCAGAGAGCUGCAGAGAACCUGCUCGCCUCAUCUCACGCUGCUCCAGGUGGAUAUCACUCAGCCGCAGCAGGUGCAGCAGGCGCUGCUGGACACCAAGGCAAAGCUGGGCCUCCGAGGUCUGUGGGGUUUAGUGAACAACGCUGGUGUUUGUGUGAACUUUGGUGAUGCAGAGCUCUCACUCAUGUCCAACUUCCGAGGAUGCAUGGAGGUCAACUUUUUCGGCACACUGAGUGUCACCAAGAGUUUCCUACCACUGCUGCGACAGGCCAAAGGUCGGAUUAUCACCAUCUCCAGCCCAGCUGGAGACCAGCCGUUUCCCUGCCUUGCAGCAUAUGGAGCAUCAAAGGCAGCUCUCAAUCUGUUGACUGAUACUCUUCGACAUGAGCUGGAGCCCUGGGGAGUCCAGGUGUCCACUAUCCUGCCAUCUUCAUAUCGGACAGGUCGCACCAGUAACCAUGCCUACUGGGAUCAGCAGUACAAACAGCUACUGCAGGGUCUUCCUCCAGCACUACUCGAGGAGUAUGGCGAGGACUAUGUGACUGAGACCAAGGACCUGUUUCAGAGCUUUGCCAGCCAGGCCAACCCAGAUGUUACUCCAGUUAUUGACACCAUUGUUCAGGCAUUGCUUGCACCUCAACCACAGGCACGUUACUAUGCCGGCCCUGGCGUGGGCCUCAUGUAUUUCAUCCACAGCUACUGCCCCUUCAGCAUCAGCAACCGCUUCCUCCAGAAACUGUUUGUGAAGAAGAAGCUUAUGCCCCGGGCACUGAGGAAGCAGUCAAGCCUGGAGCUCCACAGCCUUCACAACAAUAACAACAAUGAGGAGAAGAUGGAGAAACUGUGAGGCAGCAGAGGUGCCCCCCUGCAGAUAGAGGACCACAUGUGUUAAACACUCCCGCAGCCACAGCCUGUCCUUCUAUUUGUUCUAUAAAUCCUGAGGGGGUCACAGUCAUGCACUUGGUAGGGUAGGGAUGCUGCUACGGGCCAGUCUGAGAACACCAUCACCCAUGUUUUACAAACUCACCAAUUCCAUGUGCCUUUAAACACCAAGCUGAAAGAAAUGAAGCUGCAUCUUGUGCUCUCAGACUGUUGUCCCACACUUUGGCUCCUCCAAGGGCAAAGUUAACGUUUGGAAACCAACAUGUGGAUGCAAUGAUUCAGAAAUGAAACACAGAAAGUGUCUCAACCAGCCUCUUUGUUGAAGUGAGGUCUCAGCUGCAAACACACUCGAGGCGGUGCUUUGGUGCUUUUGUCAUUUGACAUCCUGAAACUCUGGUCCCUGAUGAUAUGUCUUAAAAGCAGCAGAUAGUUUGUAGGUGGAUGACCUCCACCAAUAUGAGCCACCUCCAACUCUUGACUGAAGUCAAUGCGCUUCAACAGAAUUUUAUACCUAGUUAAUUGAAAUGCUUUAUACUUCAAGCAUUUCAUACUUCAGAAGCAAGUCACUUAUGUACAUCACCAGGCGGAGUUAUGUCAUCUUGAUGAUUCGAAGUUUGACAGAACAAGGAGCAACAGCACUGUGUGGCCAGACAGCGCCAGAGAGCCUGAUCCACCCGCGUGAGAAAAUGUCAGUUUAUGCUGAUGAAUUUGGGUUGUUUUUAAAAGGGAAACUGUUUUGGUGGGAGUGGUUUAGAGAUUUUUUUUUUUAUAAAAUUCUUUAAGAAAGAGAUUACUGUAACUUCUGAGAGUCAAAGUUCCUCAUUUUACUUUUGGCUGAAGGCUGGUGAAGCCUGUGAUUUUUGAGUGACAGAUGAAUAGUGCAGCUGAUGGUUUCUCAUUCAAGUGUAUGGUGCAUCCCGCACAGUUCAAAAGUUCUUUACUUUCCUCACAUGCUGAGAGCAGGACUGGCAUAGUGUGCCUGAGGAUGGACAUGUGUUCAGUGUGUCUCUUCAGGCUGUGGAUCUGUCUCUGAUGUUCUGUUUCAAACUGUUAAAAUAUUUAUGUUGUCAUUUUCAAUCAUUUUAACUGUGAUUUUUUUGUAUAAAUAUAUGAAAAAUAGCAACGGCUACAUGAUGUGAAGCAUUCACUUUGUUUAUUCUUUGAUAGAAAUAAAGAUGACUUUUUUCAGAA